AUGGAACUCAUAUAUUGGACAAUGAUAACUGCAGUUAAUACAUUGCGCAAUAAUCCCACAAACUCAACUGUAGUUGCUAAGACUCUUUCACAAUAUAUAAGUUUAAUUUCAAACUCAAAUUCGACAUUAAAUCAGACUUAUAAAUUAACGGCGAACGAAAUUGAUACUUAUCUUGCCAAUAUUACAAAUAUUAAUUUGAUAAUAAAUACUACUGAUUCAAUUCUUGUUGCACAACAACUAAAUCAAAGAGGCAAUGUAAUGGUUUUAGGUGCUUCAUUCACACGUGGUAUUGGUGGCCAAGUUAUCAACACUGCAAAUACUGAUAAUAUAACCAAUUCAUUUUCAUCAGCAGCAGCUAUUAUCAGUAAUCAAUCUAUAACUGGUGUUAUGUCUCUCAAUAUGCUCAUCAUUGAUAAACCUACUACCUAUAAAGAUUUAGAUAAAUCAAGUGAUAGAUUCCUUGCAUCAUCAGUGAUUGUCGUGGCACUGCACAGAGAUGAUUCUGCAUCAACUCCAACGAAUAUUUCUCUAUAUUUCCAAGUUUUAAACGAAUAUGAUCCAAAUCGUGUCGCCCAAUAUUAUUGUUCAUUUUAUGAUACAACGAGUUCGAAAUGGAAUGAAUCCGGUUGUACUAUACCUAAAAACAAUACAGCUUUCAAUCGAUAUGAAUGUAGUUG